GCCGGAUGCUUGAGUAUGCCGCGUCCGUUUGACCUGAGCGCUCGCGAGGUAGGUAUCGCAGAAAGCGUGUAACGAUGAAGGCUUUCAGUAUUUCUAUUACUUUUCUUCCGGUUCUUGCCUCCAGGGUGCUUGCCCAAGCAACCCAGCCUAUUCCCAGUCCCAAUGGCAGCGCACCUACUGCUGACUUGGGCUAUGUGAAGUAUCAAGGCUACACGAACAGCACGAUUGGCAUCAACUACUUCCAGCUGACAAUAUAUAGCUACGCUGCUCCGCCGCUGGGACCGCUCCGAUGGCAAAAGCCUCGCGCGGUUGAGUCCAACAACGCGUACGACACCAGCAGAGUCUAUAAUGCCACACAAAUCGCUCCGGCAUGCUACCCAUCCUCGCCGUACUCAACCUACAGCGAUCCCACUGUGGGCUUUUCGGGGAAUCCAGCGGGCUUCUCCGAAGACUGCUUGAUCCUGGACGUGCUCGUCCCAACGCAUCCAGUAUCUUCCCGUCUCCCAGUACUGCUCAUGAUCCAUGGGGGAGGCUACACCUUAGGUAACGCGCAGUCCGUACCAGGAGACGGUUUGGUAAACGCCGCGAAUGGCAGCAUCAUCUAUGUGAGCAUUCAAUACCGGCUCGGUCUCUUCGGCUUCUUAGGGGGCAGCCAGAUUGCGCAAAACGGAGCUCUUAAUGCUGGACUGUUGGACCAGCGAGCUGCGAUAGAGUGGGUGCAGCGAAAUAUCCACGCAUUCGGUGGCGACCCAGGCAGAGUCACUAUCUACGGAGGCAGCGCUGGAGGAGGCAGUGUUACGUACCAGCUAAUUGCCGGUGGCGCAUACGAUCAGCCUCCGUUCAGUGCAGCGAUCCCCGAGUACCCAUGGUGGCAGCCUUUGCUGAACCAGUCGGAGCAGGACUUGCAAUUCAACACUGCGCUGAGACUCUCGAACUGCUCAUCGGUAUCGUGCUUGCGGUCUCUCUCAUCAGCUACCCUGGCUACGCUUAACCAAGCGGUUGAGAACGCUUCGUACCCAACGGCCGGCGAUGCGUUCGGUGUCUACUACUUUGGACCUGUUGUUGAUGGCAAAUUCGUUCGCGAGUUGCCUGACGUGGCCUUCAAGCGUGGGCAUUUCUACGACGUACCUCUUCUCGUUGACCACGACGCAUACGAAGGCUACGCCUUUAGCAACAUUUCGCAGACUACGCAAGUCGCCGAGACUGCGGAUGCCCAGCUACUGUUUCCCUUUGCCGGUCCCGCAUUCUUCUCACGGCUAUAUCAGCUAUACCCAGCGUCUACGUACAAUUCGACGUUGUUCCAACGACAGGCAUGGUUUGGGGACUUCAUAAUCAACUGCCCGACAUACUACAUGGCAACGAACGCCGUAGACCGCAACAGCAAUAGCUCCGCCGUCUUCAAGCUUAUUUUCGCAGCGGGCAACGAGCUUCACGCAGCCACUUCAGCCUUCCUCCUGAGCAAUGUUAUUGGCUUCCCUGCAGCAAAUAAUCAAACGCUUGCAACGAUCAUGGCUUCGUACUGGAUCUCCUUCACCGUGACCCAUGAUCCAAACCCGUUGAGAGCGGCAAACGCGCCAUUCUGGCCGAGCUAUAUGAGCAUGGGCGCUGGUAAUGUCUCAAACGGACAGUCAGUCGGCUUCGAUACGCUAUCCAUUACUUACACUACGAUCUCGCCCGAGACGGACCCGGAUGCUUCCGCUCAGUGCGACUUCUUCGGGAACCAUGGAUAUCAAGUACAGAAUUAGGCUCCCAAGGGUGCUUCAGAGAGUUGUUGGUAGGGGGUGGGGAGGGGGUGGGGGGUAAAGCUGACUACCAGAUAGCCUGUUCGCUCGGAAAGAGUGCCUCAGACGUGGAUCGCUACGAUCUGAACGGAUAUGGUGUUGUCGCACGUCCAUGAAAGCAGCAGCGCAGGCCAUUGGUCCCCAUCAAUCUUCAGUACCCAGAAGUGCUACCGGCCGACAGUUUGCAAUCCAAGUGCAGCUGCUAAUGAUAGCACUGCCCGGCGAAGGGCUUGAUCACGCGAGCCCGCAGGUUCGCGUAGGCUACGUGGUUUGACUGGCUGCAAGCUUGUAACGUUUGUGGUUUGCGUGCAUUCCUCCAUCUCUGCCUCAUCACAACACAAUCUCAUUCUUGCG